CCUGGAGAGAGUUGCUGUAACUACCCAUUGGAAAGAGUGGGCACUUUUUAAUUACACCGGAGAUAUUGUUGGCUACCUAGCUGCCCCCUGGACUAGCCCUGGGGCAUGCCUUGCUGCUAGUUGCUGAGGAAGCUCCAUGCACUUUGGGGGUGCUGCUCCAGGUGCCCCAGAAAUGAGCUACAAGAUGUCCAGCUUCCUGUAUAUUGGGGACAUUGUGUCUCUAUACGCCGAGGGCUCGGUCAAUGGAUUCAUCAGCACCCUGGGAUUGGUUGACGACAGAUGUGUGGUCAAUCCAGAUGCAGGAGAUUUGGCAAAUCCCCCCAAAAAGUUUAGAGAUUGUCUCUUCAAGGUCUGUCCAAUGAACAGAUACUCAGCACAGAAGCAGUUCUGGAAAGCAAAGCAAGCUAAGCAGGGAAAUAAUACGGAGGCUGCCCUGCUCAAAAAAUUACAGCACGCCGCCGAACUGGAACAGAAACAAAAUGAGUCCGAAAACAGAAAGCUGCUCGGAGAAAUCGUCAAAUACAGCAAUGUUAUACAGUUACUACACAUUAAAAGCAACAAAUACCUCACAGUCAACAAGAGACUACCGGCACUUCUGGAAAAGAACGCCAUGCGCGUGUCGCUGGACGCAGCGGGAAACGAAGGAUCCUGGUUCUACAUUCAGCCAUUUUGGAAGCUGAGAAGUGAAGGCGAUAAUGUUGUUGUGGGAGAUAAAGUGGUUUUGAUGCCGGUUAAUGCUGGUCAGCCACUCCACGCCAGCAAUAUUGAACUUCUCGAUAAUCCGGGGUGCAAAGAGGUAAACGCCGUAAAUUGUAACACCAGCUGGAAAGUGGUCUUGUUCAUGAAAUACAGCGAUUACAGAGAUGAUGUCUUGAAAGGGGGUGAUGUUGUGAGAUUGUUUCAUGCAGAACAAGAGAAGUUUCUCACUUGUGAUGAAUAUGAGAAAAAGCAGCACAUCUUCCUGCGGACCACCUUGCGCCAGUCUGCAACAUCCGCGACCAGCUCCAAGGCAUUGUGGGAAAUAGAGGUUGUACAUCACGAUCCCUGUCGGGGAGGAGCCGGCCAAUGGAACAGCCUCUUCCGCUUUAAACAUUUGGCAACAGGAAAUUACUUGGCAGCUGAGAUCAAUCCAGACUAUCGAGAUGUCAAUGAAGGCAAAGGCGCGGAACUCCCUGCACAGCGCAAGAAGUGGCAGGCAGGGGAAAAGACCAUGUACACGCUGGUAUCUGUACCCCAUGGCAACGAUAUUGCCUCACUAUUCGAACUAGAUGCCACCACCCUGCAACGAGCCGACUGCCUGGUGCCCAGGAAUUCCUAUGUUCGACUUCGUCAUCUCUGUACAAACACUUGGGUGACCAGUACCAGUAUCCCCAUCGAUACAAACGAGGAGAGGCCGGUGAUGCUGAAGAUCGGAACCUGCCAGACUAAGGAGGAUAAAGAGGCUUUCGCCAUCAUAUCUGUCCCCCUGUCUGAAGUCCGAGAUUUGGAUUUUGCCAACGAUGCCAACAAGGUCUUAGCUGCGACAGUGAAGAAACUGGAAUAUGGGACCAUUACUCAGAAUGAGAGACGGUUUGUAACCAAGCUUUUAGAAGACCUGAUUUUCUUUGUGGCGGGCGUGAUGAAUAAUGGGCAGGAGGUGCUGGAGGUUGUUGUUACAAAACCUGACCGCGAAAGACAGAAACUGAUGCGGGAGCAGAACAUCUUAGCGCAGAUUUUUGGCAUCCUAAAGGCUCCGUUCAAGGACAAGGCGGGUGAGGGCGCCAUGCUGCGUCUAGAGGAUCUCGGUGACCAGCGAUACGCACCUUAUAAAUACAUCCUGAGACUCUGUUACAGAGUACUGCGACACUCACAGCAGGACUACCGCAAAAACCAGGAGUACAUUGCGAAGCAUUUCUGCAUCAUGCAGUCUCAGAUCGGAUACGAUAUUCUGGCCGAAGAUACAAUCACGGCAUUAUUACACAACAACCGAAAACUGCUGGAAAAACACAUCACAGCAAAAGAAAUAGAAACUUUUGUUAGUUUACUGCGAAGGAAUCGCGAGCCGAGGUUUCUUGAUUACUUGUCUGAUCUCUGCGUUUCAAACACAACCGCCAUACCUGUUACACAGGAACUGAUUUGUAAAUUUAUGCUGAGUCCUGGCAAUGCUGAUAUUCUUAUUCAGACCAAGCUAGUUUCAAUGCAAACAGACAAUCUGCUGGAUUGCUCCCUGCUUCCUGAUGAUAUUGAUGAGGAAGAAGUAUGGCUUUACUGGAUUGAUAGUAAUAAGGAACCACAUGGUAAAGCCAUUCGACAUCUGGCACAGGAAGCAAAGGAGGGGACCAAAGCCGACCUCGAGGUCCUGACUUACUACAGAUACCAGUUAAAUCUCUUUGCGAGGAUGUGUCUGGACCGCCAGUAUCUUGCCAUAAACCAGAUCUCUACGCAGCUUUCUGUUGACCUGAUCCUGCGAUGUAUGUCUGACGAAAGCCUUCCAUAUGACCUGCGUGCUUCCUUCUGCCGUCUCAUGCUUCACAUACAUGUAGAUCGGGAUCCCCAGGAAUCAGUGGUGCCAGUAAAAUAUGCCAGGUUGUGGACAGAGAUACCAACCCGAAUUAGCAUCCACGACUACGAUUCAUUCACAGACUCCUCGAGGGACGAAAUGAAAAGAAAAUUCGCCCUGACCAUGGAAUUUGUAGAGGAAUAUCUGAAAGAAGUCGUCAAUCAGCCUUUCCCAUUUGGGGAUAAAGAAAAGAACAAACUGACCUACGAGGUCGUCCAUUUGGCAAGGAAUCUCAUCUAUUUUGGAUUCUACAGUUUUAGUGAACUCCUGCGAUUGACCAGAACGCUGCUGGCCAUUCUUGACAUUGUCCAGAGCCCCAUGACAUCAUAUUUGGAGAGAAUGAGCAAAUUCCAGGAUGGAGGUAACAAUGUGAUGAGAACCAUUCAUGGAGUGGGAGAGAUGAUGACCCAGAUGGUUCUGAGUAGGGGGGCGGCACUUCCGAUGGUGACGCAGGAUGUUCAGGUGGGGGUUCACUCCAGCAAGCAAGCCAACCUCACCGACAGCGAGGACAUCACCGUUAUGGACACCAAGCUCAAAAUCAUCGAAAUACUGCAGUUUAUUCUGAGUGUCAGGCUGGAUUACAGAAUCUCGUACAUGUUGUCCAUUUACAAGAAGGAAUUCGGAGAGAAUGGAGCCAGUGUCGAUGCAUCAACAGUUUCCCCCCCAGACACCCCAACUUUACCGGUCACUGUUCCCGAUAUUGAUGAUAUUACUGCGCGAGCAGAGUCCAUGUUUGCUGGAAGUAAGGAGAAGAGCCCAGUAGAGCUGGAUGACGAGGGUGGUCGGACCUUCUUACGGGUUCUCAUCCAUCUGAUUAUGCAUGAUUAUCCCCCACUGCUCUCCGGUGCACUCCAGCUGCUCUUCAAGCACUUCAGUCAGAGGGCCGAGGUCCUUCAGGCUUUUAAACAGGUCCAGUUAUUGGUGUCAACUCAGGAUGUAGAUAACUACAAGCAAAUCAAAGCAGAUCUGGACCAAUUACGGCUGACGGUGGAGAAAUCUGAACUUUGGGUUGAAAAGAGCAACAGUUACGAGAGUGAAGAGAUGGGAGACGGCCAGGCCAAAGAUGGGAAGGAGCAAAUUAAUGAGGAACCGAACAUUUUGGGUCCAAUUCAGGAUGGAACUAAGAAGCCUCAAAUUGACAGCAAUAAAGCAAAUAACUAUAAUAUUGUGAAGGAGAUUUUGAUCAGACUCAGUAAGUUGUGUGCGCUGAGUAAAAAAGGGCGAAACCAACAGCAGCGGCUUCUGAAAAAUAUGGGGGCCCAUUCCGUGGUUCUGGAUCUACUUCAGAUCCCAUAUGAAAAGACGGACGAAAAAAUGAACGAAAUUAUGACCCUGGCCCACGUAUUCUUACAGAACUUCUGCCGUGGCAACCCUCAAAAUCAGAUCCUUCUUCAUAAAAACCUCAAUCUCUUUCUGACCCCGGGGCUCCUGGAAGCCGAGACCAUGCGCAAUAUCUUUAUUAACAAUUACCACCUGUGCAACGAGAUCAGCGACCGCGUUGUGCAACAUUUCGUGCACUGCAUAGAGACCCAUGGCAGGCACGUGGAAUACCUGCGCUUCUUACAGACCAUUGUGAAAGCGGACGGGAAGUACGUAAAGAAGUGUCAAGAUGUUGUGAUGACUGAGCUAAUCAAUGGAGGGGAAGACGUGUUGAUAUUUUACAAUGAUCGCGCUUCCUUUCCCAUCCUGCUCCAAAUGAUGUGUUCAGAAAGAGACUGCGCGGACGAAGGUGGCGCGCUGGCCUAUCAUAUCACCCUGGUUGAGCUGCUUGCCGCGUGCACUGAGGGAAAGAACGUAUACACUGAGAUUAAGUGUAACUCUCUGCUGCCUCUGGACGACAUAGUGAGGGUGGUCACACACGACGACUGCAUUCCCGAGGUGAAAAUUGCGUACGUGAAUUUUGUGAACCACUGCUACGUGGACACCGAAGUGGAGAUGAAGGAGAUUUACACCAGUAACCACAUCUGGAAGCUGUUUGAGAACUUCCUGGUUGACAUGGCGCGAGUUUGCAACACGACCACGGACCGGAAGCAUGCAGACACGGCAUUAGAGAAGUAUGUAACUGAAGCCGUGAUGAACAUUGUCAGUGGGUUUUUUAGCUCUCCGUUCUCUGACAACAGUACAAGUCUUCAGACACAUCAGCCGCUCUUCAUUCAGCUCCUCCAGUCCGCAUUCCGAAUCUACAACUGUACCUGGCCGAACCCCUCGCAGAAAUCCACUGUGGAAUCGUGCAUUAAAACACUGGCAGAAGUUGCAAAGAAUCGUGGGAUCGCGAUUCCAGUGGAUCUGGACAGCCAAGUUAACACGCUAUUCAUGAAGAGCCAUUCCAACAUGGUUCAGAGGGCCGCCAUGGGGUGGAGGUUAACGGCGCGGACCGGACCUCGCUUUAAAGAGGCUCUUGGAGGCCCAGCCUGGGACUACAGAAACAUCAUUGAAAAGCUUCAGGAUGUUGUGUUAUCCCUGGAGCAGCAGUUUAGCCCAAUGUUGUUGGCUGAAUUUUCGGUCCUCGUUGACGUUCUGCACAGUCCUGAGCUCCUGUUCCCAGAUGGAAGUGAUGCUCGAAUCCGAUGUGGAGCUUUCAUGUCCAAGUUGAUUAAUCACACAAAGAAACUGAUGGAAAAAGAAGAAAAACUUUGCAUCAAAAUACUCCAAACACUUCGUGAAAUGCUGGAAAAAAAGGAUAACUUUGCGGAACAGGGAGCCACUUUACGGAAGAUUCUCCUCAACCGGUAUUUUAAAGGCGAGCACGGAUCCACGCUGAAUGGACCCCUGGCCGGAGCUUACAGUAAGACCACGCAGGCAGGAGCAUUUUCUAUUCCGGACAGCGAUAAGAAGUCCAGGGUGUCCAUGACGGAUAUUCAGUGUCUCCUAGAUAAAGAAGGAGCCUCCGAGCUGGUUAUAGAUGUUAUAGUCAGCACCAAGAAUGACCGGAUAUUCUCAGAAGGCAUCUUGCUGGGUAUAGCGCUGCUCGAAGGUGGAAACACGCAAAUACAGGGUUCAUUUUACAAUCAGCUGAAUGAACAGAAAAAAUCUGAAAAAUUCUUUAAAGUGCUUUAUGAUCGAAUGAAGGUGGCCCAGCAGGAAAUCCGCGCCACUGUCACGGUAAACACUAUAGACCUUGGCACCAAGAAGAAGACCGAUGACUACGAUUCGUCUGUUAUUCCAACAAAAAGAGUAAGAGAUACUCAGUUGCACCUGAAGGACGGGAUGAAGGGGCAGUUGGCAGAGGCGUCUUCAGCGACAUCAAAGGCUUAUUGUGUGUACCGGAAGGAGAUAGAUACAGAUAUUGACCUCAUGGGCUCAGGGGCCGAUAAUGGAGGCGCAGAAGACAAGGCAGCAGAAGAAGCUGUUGCAAUGAGUGCUGUUAUAUCGAUAAUGCAGCCAAUCCUGCGAUUUCUCCAGUUGCUCUGCGAGAACCACAACCUAGGUUUACAGAACUUUCUAAGAAAUCAGAACAAUAAAACCAACUAUAACCUAGUGUGCGAGACACUGCAGUUUCUUGAUUGUAUUUGUGGGAGUACCACUGGCGGUUUGGGGCUCCUUGGGCUCUAUAUAAACGAGAGGAACGUGGCUUUAGUUAACCAGACUUUAGAGAGCUUGACUGAAUAUUGCCAGGGACCGUGCCAUGAAAAUCAGACGUGCAUCGCUACUCACGAGUCCAAUGGGAUCGAUAUAAUUAUCGCUUUGAUUCUAAAUGACAUUAACCCUCUUGGAAAAUAUCGCAUGGAUUUAGUUCUGCAGCUUAAGAAUAAUGCCUCUAAACUCCUGCUGGCUAUCAUGGAGAGCAGACGUGACAGCGAGAACGCGGAGCGAAUUCUUUAUAACAUGAGGCCAGGAGAACUGGUGGACGUUAUAAAAGCAGCGUACAACCAAGGGUUGGAUGGUGACAGUGAUGACCAUGGGUCGGAUGAGCAAGUGUCUCCGAGGGCUGUGGGUCAUAACAUUUACAUAUUAGCACACCAGUUGGCGCGUCAUUAUAAAAUACUGCAACAAAUGCUAAAACCGGGGAACGAUCCAGAAGGGGGAGACGAAGCCCUGAAUUACUACGCCAAUCAUACUGCGCAGAUAGAGAUUGUUCGGCACGAUCGUACCAUGGAGCAGAUCGUGUUCCCAGUGCCAAAUAUCUGCGAAUUUCUUACCAAGGAAACCAUGUGUAGAGUAUUCAACAGCACAGAGCGGGACGAACAGGGCAGCAAAGUCAACCAUUUCUUCCAGCAGACAGAGGACAUGUACAACGAGAUGACCUGGCAGCACAAAAUCCGACGGAACCCCACACUGUUUUGGUUCUCCCGGCACAUCUCUCUCUGGGGGAGCAUUUCGUUCAACCUUGCCGUGUUCAUUAACCUGGGUGUGGCGCUCUUCUACCCAUUCGGAGACGAUGGAGAUGAAGGUACCCUGCCCCCGUUAUUUUCGGUCCUCCUGUGGAUAGCUGUUGCGCUGUGUACGGCCAUGCUGUUCGUUUUACCCAAACCGUUUGGAAUACGUCCAUUCCUGGUGUCUGUUAUGCUCAGAUCUAUUUAUACCCUCGGCCUCGGUCCGACUCUCAUCCUGCUCGGAGCCGCUAAUCUCUGCAACAAAGUCGUAUUUUUGGUGAGUUUUGUUGGAAACCGUGGGACUUUCACGCGAGGCUAUCGGGCGGUGAUCAUGGACAUGGCCUUCCUAUACCACGUGGUUUAUGUCAUCGUGUGCAUGUUGGGACUUUUCGUUCAUGAAUUUUUCUACAGCUUUUUGCUGUUUGAUUUGGUUUAUCGAGAAGAAACCUUACUGAACGUCAUAAAGAGUGUAACAAGAAAUGGGCGUUCGAUCAUUCUGACAGCCGUGCUGGCCCUGAUUCUCGUUUACCUCUUCUCAAUCAUCGGCUUCCUUUUCCUGAAGGAUGAUUUCAUCAUGGAGGUGGACAGGCUUAAAAACAGAACACCGGACAUCGGGAAUGAUAUACCCGCAUCCUCUCUGACUGCCAUGAUGGGCACUUGUCAUAAGGAGAACUGUACGACUGCCAGGAUAUCGCUGCCAGAUGAAAAUGGCGAUGAGGAUGGUAUAGAGCGAGCUUGCGAUACACUGCUAAUGUGCAUUGUGACCGUACUGAACCAAGGUCUGCGAAAUGGGGGCGGAGUGGGCGACGUUCUACGGAAACCGUCUAAGAAUGAACCGCUCUUUGCUGCCAGAGUUGUGUAUGAUCUCCUCUUCUACUUCAUUGUCAUUAUUAUUGUUCUGAACCUCAUUUUUGGUGUCAUCAUCGACACCUUCGCUGAUCUCAGGAGUGAAAAACAGAAGAAGGAGGAGAUUUUAAAGACAACAUGUUUUAUCUGCGGACUCGAGAGAGACAAGUUUGACAAUAAGACGGUGUCCUUUGAAGAGCAUAUUAUGUCUGAGCACUGUAUGUGGCACUAUCUGUACUUCAUUGUGUUGGUGAAAGUAAAAGAUCCCACAGAGUACACGGGACCUGAGAGCUUUGUGGCCAAAAUGAUUGCUGUAAGUAACACACACACCUAUCCUAUGAAUUGAC